UCCUUUUGUCAUUCUACAGGCAAUUAUGUGAAGCCCAAGAAACUUGGCUUCAACUUUCAGUCCAUCUCCAUAUAACAGAAGCAGGAAAUCACUUUAUAAACAGCCUUUAAAGAAUGAUGUCACUGUCCCUAUGCAGUGAAAAAUGACUUCGAGUAAAUCCAUCUGCAAAUGAAACUAACAAGGACUUCUUCAGUUUAUCUCAGAGAUGUAACAUACUACUCCACUAGUUUGGCAUGAUGCCCCCCAUCCCAAUUGUGUCCAAGAUGAUCCCAGGAUGACAAUGACCAGAGAUGUUAUGUUAUGUCAAGAUUUUCAUGUUGUCCAGAAAUUCAGGGGGGGUUAUAAUAAGCAAAGCUGCCCUGCGCUUCAAUCAUGCAGGUAGACUGAAGCAGAAGCCUCAGGUGACAAGCUGCUGAUAUUUUAAACAGCGUCUGUUCUUUUACUGGGUGCUGUCUUCACCAUUCGCAUCUAGAGGGUCACACUCCAUGUGUUAAAUAAGUGUAGGGCAUAGUGGGUCAGCUGUUUCACUGACAGGAGAAUUCAGCCACUUGCCCCUGGGACAUGCCACUGGUUGGAUUUUUUUAUAAGCACUGUGGCUUCUGCUUUAAUCUACUUUGUCCCUGGAUUCUCCACUUUUCUUUAUCAUGGAAGUAGAUUUCCUUUUCUUGCUACCUGGAAAAUAUACUUCAAGGUAUGUCAUAUUCAUUUCAUCCCAACGUUUCUAAUUCAGGUUAUUGUCUCUAUAUGAAGUUCAAUAGGUCUUUCCUGGAUCUCCUGGGGUAUCCCUGGGAUCUUCAGGCUGCCUCCUAUGGGAUAUUCAAACAUCCAGAGCACGAUAUCCCGCAGACGUACCAGGGGCAUAUGUUGUUUGUUGCAGUAAGCCCAAAAAGCAAAUGUCAUUGUGCGAUAUCCCAUUGAUAUCCUCUGGAUGUUCAGAUAUUUUUUUUUAAAUUAUUAUUUUUCCGUUUCCAUCAAGAGAUGGCGGUGGUCCCAGACAAAAAGCUGCCAUAAUGCAGCUUGAAAACGCCUGGACAUAUUAGGACAUCAGGACAUCAGCGAUUAGGAUAUCAGACAAUUAGGAUGUUCACAACCUUAUGGGGGUGUCCCAGAGAUAUUAGUGGUUUGCUGAAAAGUGUCCAAAAGUUUCAACAGCACUGUUCUGCCAACACCCACAAGGUUUUUUUACACAUAAUUAGAAAAACAAACCUACCAUGUAACAAACCUUGCAAGUGACCCCGUUAAUUCGAUGUACUACUCGUAUGAUUGAAUGAGGAGCUGCACUGCACGACCACUAGUGGAAAUAUAGGCAUGAAGUGUGACACAAAAAUAUGAAUUACGGACUGAUGUGGUACAGUCUGGGAUAAAACAACGAAGCAACAUCUCUCUGUCUAAUACUCCUGCUGUGCUAACUCAAAGGGAUCGGCAGUCUGUCACUUGAACAGGAAGUCUCAAGGGUAGGAAGCCGUUUAUCACAAAAUGUUUCACUUUUUUUUUUUUUUUCGUGUGUCAGUCCUACAGCGAAGAAUGGUGGGUUUCUUUAUGGUCACACCCCUUUUUCUACUCUGCAAUGUACCACGUUCCUUCGAAAAGAAAGUUCCUUUCAGUGCUGGAAUACACUGCGAUAAUAAUGUAACAACGCCCUCAAGUGCUCUGCUUCAUGAUGAUAAAGUCUCCACAUGUUACACCUUGCCAAACUGUACUAAAAGCUUGAGGAUCACCCUCAGCAACCCCUCCAACAUCACUGGUGUGAAGAUUGUGUCAGAACCCGCCCCCAAAUAUGUAUUUUAUCUGCCACUAUACGGAGAUUCCUUUCUUGCAAGCCCCAACCAUGUUACAGAAAUAACGUAUGUUGCAGCAAACACCUGGGACGACAUGCAGCGCCCCAAUGCCACGAUACAUUCUGUGGAUAUCCAUGGUAUCGCAAAGGCCUGUGAAGUGACGAUUUUUGACAUGGAACAAGGUGACUUGCAACAUAGUACAAUGCCAUCUGGACAGAAUAACAUUCUCAUAAUCUGUACCACAGUGCCAGUAUUCGCAGUCCUUGUCCUCGUCGUAAUCUACGUAAUCUACAGCAGGAAAAGGCACAAAACAACCAGCAGGCCGAGACGAGGGAGUUCUGCGAGGUGGAGCCUUUGGAAGAGACGUCAUUUAAGCUCAGUAGGGGGCAACAACACUGUUGCAGAGAGCGUGGAGCCCACGCAUGAGCGUGUGCAUUUCUUCAAGACCUUCAGGAGCCAUAGCACGAACUCUACCACCGAGCACCAACCUGAGACUGAGCAAGUCAAAACUGAUGACAGUGACAAUGCAGACGUCACGCCAAACGUGGAGAUGGUUAAUGCCCCGCUGCUUGCCACUCCUGAAUGUGCAGCCACUGACGCCAUGUACGACGACGUUGCAGACAAGAGUACCUUUCCUGUAUAUGCGGUUGUGAAUAAACGUCGUAAAAAGAGUGAAGGAAAUGCAGAAGAUCAACCUACUGACAUUAUGUGAGCGGGCUCGUAAAGAAUUUUUUAUAGUGCGUGAAUAUUUUAGGCAUUUAUGACCAUGUUGUACAUCACAUUGAAACAAGCGAUGAGUGCAUUCCUCAUUGAAGACUCAUGUGUGAAACACAACGAAAGUGAAAUGGUGACAUAAUAUAGACAUAUCCUCUGCAGUGGCUUUCAACAUAACCUGCACACGAAACAAGUCGGGGAACAAACACUGUUUUCACAAUUCUGGCAUAGCGCUGUGUGUUGUUUCAAUGCAUGUAGUCUUUGCAAACCAUGUAAAGUGUACAUGCAUAUUUGAAAUGUGGCUACUAAGACACAUAAUAAAAUGCUUUACAUUAGGCUAUGGACCAUGUUUAUCAGCCAUCUUACUUAUCUUCCUAAUCUGAUAAUCAAGCAAGGAAGAAAUUCUUUCUCUGUCUGUGCCACUGUUGCGCAAACCUUCGGUAGGCAACAAUGCACAGGCAUUGGAACCAACUGAAACUGCCAACCUGUCAACUCAACAGGAUGUGUUGGCUCCAGGAAGCCGUUAUCAACCACACACUCUGUUUUGAUUUCUACCACAAAUGUGUCGCUCAUUUUGCUCAAUGAAGAAUGUUAGCCUUUCUUAUACUGCGUUUUCUACUUUUCGGUGUGUCUUGUUCCUCUCAAACGAAAGGUAUGCUGAUACUACUGUGUAAGUUCCUUUCAGUGCUCAUGUACACUGCCAUAACAAUGAGACGCAACUUUCAACUGCUUUGCUUCAUGAUGGAAAUGACACCACAUGUCUUACUCUGCCAAUCUGUGCUAGCAGUCUGAGGAUCACGCUUGACACCACUGCCUAUGUCUCCCACGUGAGGAUUGUGUGUGAACCUUUGCCCCGUACUGUGUACUAUGUGCCGUGGAACUUAGAUUCCUUUCUUGCAAGCCCCAAUGGUACUACAGCAAAUACCUGGUACAAUCUGCAGCAUUCUAACGCAACAAUUCAUUCUGUGGAUAUCGCGGACAUCAGAAAGGCUUGUGAGGUGACGCUUUUUGACAUGGGACGACAAGAUGCGCAACACAGUUCACUGGCAUCUGGAGGAGAGGCCACUCUGAUCACAUGUGUCACUUUGUCAAUAAUGGCUCUCAUUGCCUUGGUAGUAAUCUGUAUAGUGUGCAAAAAAUGCAGGCACAAAAUGAUCGAGUGGCACAGAGAACACUGUCCUGUGUGGUGGAGCCUUGGGAACAGACAUCAUUCAAGCACUGGUGGCAGCAGCUACAGUUAUGCAGGGAAGAAGAAAUGUGCUUGGGAGAACAAAUACCAUCGUGCGAAACUCUUCGAAGCCGUUAUGAGGCACAACCAAAGAAUUCCUACUGUGCUUCAACAUGACAGGGAACAAGCUGAAACUUAUGAAAGCGAAAAUACUCAUGUAAUGUCAGACGUGCAGAUGGCCAAUGCACUGUUGCUUGCAAAUUCUGAACCUAUAUAUGAUGACACGGCAGUGAAGAGUACCCUUUGUGUACAAGCUGUCGUGGAUAAAUGCCAUAAAGCGAAUGAUGACGAUGCAGAAAAUUACGCGGUUGAUUUAUGAAUAAUUUUUAUGGGUUACCUUUAAGACCUUUUAUUAUUAAGGUCUUUUGCUGAAAAUAUGGUCCGUUGUUCGUGAUAUGACACUAGUACCAUACUGUACUGCUUCCCAAGCAAGGAGUAAGCUUUUCAUAAUCAAUGGCUUUCGAAUGCACAUGGUAACCAUGUUCUGUACCAUCAGCCUGAGGAUAUAUAUUUAUUACGUUUGAGAAUAAAAUGUCCCAUAUUAUGUGUC